AUUGCUUAGUGUUGCUGUUAAGCUGCUUCUAAAAUAAUGAAAAUAAAUGCACGAGUGUGUUGGUGCGUUGUGUUGCGUGCGGACACUGAAAAAUCAAAGCAAUAUAUUUUGUUUUAAAUAAAUAUAAACUGAAAUAAAUAAUGGAUCGUACAUUCCACGAAGGAUGGCUUAUAAAAUCGCCGCCCUCAAAACGAAUUUGGCGUGCUCGCUGGCGUCGGCGCUGGUUCACGCUGAAACAGGGCGAGAUACCGGAGCAGUUUUGCCUCGAAUACUAUACGGAUCAGCAGUGCCGCAAGCUGAAGGGUGUUAUCGAUUUGGAUCAAUGCGAGCAAGUUGACUGCGGCCUGCGCUUGGAGAAUCGCAAGCAAAAGUUUCAGUAUAUGUUCGACAUUAAGACGCCGAAGCGCACAUAUUACUUGGCUGCCGAGACCGAGGCAAGCAUGCGCGACUGGGUGAACUGCAUCUGUCAGGUGUGCCAUCUGCAUGACACGAAGCAAUCCAAUGAUUUGCCACUGGGCGCCACAGCAUCAUCAACGGCAGCAGCAGCCGCUGCCGCUGCAGCAGCUGACGGGAAUCGCAGCGCGCAGCAGCAUACCAGUUCGAGCGGCGCCCUGAGCAACUCCACACAAAACACAACAACCACUUCGUUGCACUCCUCGGCUGGCACCACCACGGCCAAUUCACUGCUGCGCCGGCCCGCGGUCAUUGAUCAGCAGCCGCAGAGCUCGAACAACAACUCCGACUCGGUCUACGUGAAUACGGACUACAACAAUCGCGAAACGUUGCUCUGCGAUGCCCACUUUGAUCAGCAACAGUUGCUCUCGGCGGCACAGCAACAGCCGCCACCGUCGCCCGCAACGGCGCUCUAUUUGAAUCAGAGCGCAUUGAUUCAAGCGCAGGCUCAAGCGCAAGAGCAACAACAACAGCAACAACAGCAACAACAGCUGCAACAGGCACAGGCACAGGCUGCAGCACGUCUCGCCAUCAACUCGAAUGGCGUGGUACGUAAGCUGCCCGAGCAUCUGGUCUUAAAUCAACAAACACUGGCUGACGCCAUAUCCCAGCAGCAGGGCAGCAGCGUACAGGCAUCGCCGGCGCUGAGCACCGCCUCGGGCCCUUAUAUACCCAUUAGUGAAUGCUUUACGGGCAGUCCGAAAUUUUUAAUGGAUAGCCAGGCGAAUGCGGCGGCUGCUCUCAACAAUUUGGAUCCGAAAUUCUAUGAUACGCCGCGCAGUCACAACAACAUUGGCCUCAACUUAACCAACGAUCAAUCCUAUUCACCCAAAAUUACCAACUGCAGUUUGCAGCAACCGCUGGCAAAUACCAGUGGGAAACAGCGCAGUCAACGCUCUGACUCGGACUCUGAGAGCGUUUUUACAGACGACGAUGAAUGGGCGCAUCCGUUGCCGCUACGUGAGAAUGUUGAUCGCAGCACACGUCCUUCGGAUAGCUCUAUAGAGAACGAAUCCUUUGUGUUAACCUUCAAGCAGCGCUUCUCCAAAAUGCCAGAAGAUGGAGCUGCCUUGACGCCGACAGCCGCUGCCAAGCAUGCCAAGCAGCUGGCUGCCCUACCGGCCACAGCAGCCGAUGGCGCUGGCGAACAUCAUACGCUGGAGCGACUGGCCAAGGUGCUGAAGAACAAAAAUAAUCUUAUACUGGACUUUAAGGACAACGAAAAAUUACAACGCGAUUUGCCGCAGCUGUCGGACACGGAGAACACAUCGCCCGCGAUUGUGGCCGCAAAUGCCAGGCACGCGAAUUCCUCGUUGAUCGAAGAGAGCUAUGACAUUCCCCGCUCCCAUCAGUUGCCCUAUUGCAAUGUGGGUCAACUGUUGGGCGACCGGCCGGUGACCAGUCCGCACAAUAGCAAUCCCAUAGCUGCUUCCACGCCCAAUCUGAUGGCCGAUAUGGGAAACCAGGGGCUGCCAUCGGCGGCGACGACAACUACGGCAACGGCAACAACAACGGCGGUCAAUUCGCCAACCAGUGCACGCACGCUGCCGCGCCAGCAUUGCUAUACGAAUGCCGCGCCCACUCGCAUGGAGGGCAAUGUGUUUCGCUAUGAUUUCAUUGAACAAGCCGACUGCCCGCCUGUUAAUCGCAAGCUAAAGCCUAAGGUAUCCAAUGCACCGCUGGAGGCAACGCACAAGAGUAUUGUCGAGGACAAGCCACCCGAGGAAUUUCCUGCCAAGCCGCCAGUGGGCGCCAUGGAGCAGCUGAGCAGCAAGCUGAGCGCCACCAAGCUGCAAUCCAGCGCGCCGCCCAGUGUGGAUCGUAAAUGCAAACCCAAUGCUUUUAAGUUGGGCUCCUCGGCUACCAUGUCGCCGUCAACGCGUCGCUCGUCGGGCGCGCCGCUGUCGAUGGUGCUGCCGCAUGAAACGGAUGUUCAUUCGCCGGCAGCUGUUGGCUAUUUCCAUGAGACGCGUACUCUGCCACGCCAGCAGCAUCGCCAGCAUCCCAACAGCCCCGGCAGCCAAUCGGUGCAGCAUCAGCGCACAGCCUCUGCGGCAGCAGCGAUGACCUCGACAUCAGCCGCAGCAGCAGCAGCCGCUCAAGCGGCAGCGAACUUCAAGCAAAUCCAACAACAACAACAACAACAGCCGCAGCAGCAGCCUCAGGAGCACAAGCUACAGUACUUUGAUCUGGAUGUCACCAACAAGCCGCAACUGCUCAAUCGUCAGAGCAUGAGCGUCGGCAAUCUGUACUCCCAAGGUAAAGCUGCUCUGAGUCAACCGGCGCGCCUAGGCGCUAGCGAUGCGGCUGCUGUACGGGCGCCGGUGCAAAGCGGCGUCGUUUACAACUUUGUGGACUUUGUCAAGACGGAGGCGUUCAAGCGCAUACGCGAGGAGCGCAACAAGGAGAGCAGUGACAACAAUAACAAAUGAGCUGGGCGCACGCUUCCAAAAUCCAUGACUCACUCAUUUUUUUUUGUAUAAUGUGCAAUGGCGUCAUGCGAAACUCUGAUGUAGUGCCUACAAAUGCUGUCUGAACAGUGCAAAUUCUAAGUGGCUUUCAUAUUCUCACACCCAUACGCAUAUACAUCCAUAUCGAUAUCCAUAUACAUAUACAUACAUAUUGAUUACAUCUAGCCAAAUAAGUUAGUUAUCGUAAGUUGUAUUGUGCCCUUAGCACCGCUUCGUGUGCUUUUUAAAAUGCUGCUGUGCAUCUGUCUGUAAAGAUGGUUUUCAUGUCAUUUCAAUGUGCUUCCAAUUUUCCAAAUCAAUGCAUGUUCUAACCCCCCUUAAGUGCUAUUUUAUAUAUGUACACACACUCACACAUACACACAGAUACAUAAACUAUUUAUACACACCGCGAAUUUUGUAUGGUAACAAUUUAUAUACAAUUUAUACUAAGUGUAAGUGUAACUCGUGUGCGACACAAGCUGUUGCUUGAUAUUGUGCUUUAAUAAAAACAACAUUUAUAGAA